AUGUCUAGCUCGAUCCGUGCACCAUGGAUUCACGACUAUCUUCUUCAGGCAGCUGAGCAACAUGGCGGCAGCCUAGUUUCUGUCGGAUUGGAGACGAAAGGUCGCAGGGCACAGUUACUACAGUGGUUGACAUACCCUAGAGAUGACGACGAGGAAGUCUUCAUAUGGGCGAUCAUAUCUGACAAGGUCCACUCUGUCUAUGUUCGGUUCUCUAAGGAGGCCGUGAAGUCCUUCAGGCAAAAUCCUCUGUUCUCAGGGAGAAAACUCACGGAGUACCGGACAGCUAUGAUCAUCAUCAAACAAUUCCGCCCAUUCUGCAGUCGUAUUCCGCUGGGGUGGGACAAGGGCAUGUCAAAUAGCGUCCACGUCUGUCUAGAGGUCAAUGACUUCGGCCUGUCGGGGGCGUUCAACGAGCCUAUGUGGGGAAGUCCCAAAGCCAUUGAACUACACUCGGAUAUUUCUGAGUGGGUCCAGGGCUUGCGGCAGGGCGGAGGUGCUGGUAACGUACUCAAGCAACGGAAAGCAGCACAACUGCAGAAUGCCGACGCAAACGAACAGGCCAAAGAUGUGCAAGACGCUACGGAAGGUGCUUCGCAUAACGAGGCGGCUCCGAAGGCGAUCCCACGGAAAAUCACGCUUGCGGCCAGAAAGACAGUUAUCAAGCCCCUGGUUGUUACGACUGUCCAACGACCGGAUUCUGUGCGCGUCGAGACGAAACUUGACCCAAAGGAAGCUUAUGAGCCCAGCAAGAAAUAUAUGCCAGUUCCUGAAGAUGUCAAGGAGAAGCUCCGGACGCUAUCUUUCAACCUGACAACCACAGUUAGCGACUCUGGCCGAUCGGAGUCCACAGGUGACAAUGUUAGCGAUGCACCCACACCGUCGUCGCGUAUAAGGACGCCUCCUCGGAAACGUCGUCGGCGCGACGCGUUGGACCUCGAGUCGAGUGAGCCAGACAGUCCUGACUUCCGUCACUCUGAGCUACCAGAGGAACCGCUGCCUGCCACCCCAUCUCAUUGGUCGCCGUCCAAUCGAGGAAGUCCCCGAACGGACGCUGCGAGUCUAGCAGCGAUCGACGAAGAGUCUGAGGACGAUGUAGCCUCCGUCCGUCCCAACAAUUCAUCACCAUUGCCACCAAGCAGAGAUCCCUUCCAAGUCCUCCCUUCUUCACAAGACGAUAAUGGCUCGCCUGUACCAAGGACAGCCCAGACGGGCGUUCCUGCUUCCUCUAAUGCUGUUGCAGCUCCCGAGCCUACAUCUUCCUACUUGAGUGCUCCAACGCCUGCUCAACGACCUCGUCCUGUGCCCUCUUCAUCUUCGCCGCCGUUUCCCUCAACUGCGCAAGAAGUGUCAGUCUCCGCGGUCAUGGAGACCCCUUUAGCUGCUCCCUUCUCUAGUGCCCCACCUAUCGCUGCUUCCCGUCCACCUCACCUACGCCGAGUACCUCGCCCCAUUUACAAUCCCCUCUCCCCCGAUCCGAACGUGUCUGGUCCUGGUCGGAUUCUUGUACCAAACUCAGAUACUUCUGCUUCGCUAUCGCAAGAUCAACCUUUCUCUCAGCCAUCGCAACAGGACAACUCGUCGCAAGAGAAGAGUCAAGACCAGAAGGAGCCACAACGCUCGCAGCAGUCGCUAUCAUACGCGUCUGAAUCGCAGGGUUCGAAGUCGGAUCCGAAAUCCCAAGGUUCGCGGCAAUCUCAACUGCGGAACGAGGUCACAGCGGCCGUUGAAGAGGCAGUCAGAGAGCCCGUGUCUCCAAAUGUGGCCAUCGCGGAGCAGUCGAAGAAGGUCGUGGAUCGUCCUCAGUCUACAGACGACGCUCGACCGUCCAAUCCCCCGGCGUUGGUGGCGGAUGAUGCUCCUGAUCCGGGAAUCUACCCCGAAAAGGCUGACGAGAAGAGGAAUCUCAUCUCCGCGAAGCCACCACCGGCUCGAAUUCGGUCCAAGCCCUUCAUACCAUCUCAGCAAGUGGUUCCGGAUAGCGAGAGCGAAACGGAACAGGAGAAUACCGGUGACGAGCAAGACGAAUUGGAAUCCGCCGCUGGUUCAGGGGGCGCUUCACGCCAUUCUCAUCCGCUUGACUCGGAUGACGAGAGGACUAAAGCGAUGGUCGACAGGUACACGGUCAAACACACCACAGGAUCGACGGUACAGAAAGUUCGCGAGCGCACCCGCCAAAUGUCGUCAACAAUAGUCAUGCCUCCCGUUACUCCCAGCCGGAAGCAAUCCUCUGUAGCUCCUCGACAAAUCAGCCGUACGGAAGGAAGCGCCAUGUCGCUCGCCCACAGUCACAGCUCGCAUUUACCACUCCCUCCCUCCAGCCCCGACGUCUUCAUGAGUGAAUAUUCGUUCCAUGCGUCCCAGAUAUCCUUGCCGACCCAAGCUGCGCGCCGAAGAAAAUCCCUACGCACGCAGUCCACGCCUAACGGUCCUACCACACCUGUUCGUGACACGCGCAGGUCUGGCUCUCCGACGGUACCUGCAACCGGAGUGGUCGACACUGGCUCCUCUGACCGAACACGAGUGGACAAGCCACCGCUACCGACUCACGAUCCGGCCGCCUGGGAAAUGCCUGCCUUCAAGCGGAAACCGACGUAUGCACAGUCAGACAAUACGACCUCCAAACCAGUUCCUACACCCCGUACCAAACCAUCAAAGCGGGCGAUCAGUGUGUCAUCUGGCUCAGAACCCGACGAACCCCCUCCCAAGAGACGGAAGACAUCUACUGCUGCUGCUCGUACUGCUGGCUGGGUGGAGGAAGUCAGCCAGAAUUCGGCACCUCAGCUCACGAUUGGGAAGAGUACCAAUAGUGCACCUUGUCCCAAAGGACCCGACUCCGCACCCCCCGCUCCCAAAUUGGACCGCCAACCCGCAGCGGGACCCUCCACAUUGACCAAGCAUAUUGACCUGCGGCGGAGCGCAUCCAUUGUGUCUUCUAUCCAACCGAUUCGGAAGAAGCGAUCCGAUUCAGGACGCUCAGCCAGUCCUGACAAAAGCACCUCUGCGAAGCCCGACGUGAGGAUGGUGAGGCAGCUAUCUCCUGGGGGUUCGACGCCCAUCGAAAUCAAAUAUGUGACCUUCAAUUCUGGUUCGGGACGAUCGUCCUCAGCUUCUAUCUCGAAGGCGAAGAUGAAGUCUCGUGGCUCCGCAGACACUACGCCCUCCGUGCGAGACAAUCGUACCAGGGAUGUCCGUGCUGAUGCUCGUCCGGUAUCAAGAUUGGGCGACCGGAGUCGGCCUGCUGAGCCUGGUCCGCCCACGAAACAAGCCACGCGUGUCCUUGCGAGACGCAGUAUACCGAAGGGCACAAUGGAGGCUCCGAAGCAGACCCCUGUGUCCACUGCCUCUACACGGAUCCCUCCAACGUCGGCCGGCUCAUCCUCUUCUGUGGUCAAGACCAAGGCAGGGCCGUCAAGAGAGGCCGCAGCACCUCGGCCACAACGACUCCUCGGUGGCUACGAGGUCGACUUUGACAUGUCGGUCGAAGAAGGCGGCCCCCCGCUUGUGACCUGGUCCAUGUUCCAAGAGAUUCUCAGAACCACGGGCAGAGCUAGGCACAAGCUGAAGCAGGAGGCACGAUCGAAGCAGGGUCGUGGAUGA